AUGAAAGACGGGCAGGGGGACCUCACCCUGGAAAACAUUGCGAACGUGAAGAUCAAGGCCUAUCGAAAUAAUAGCAUUUAUGCAAAUGGCAAAGCGGAGGAGGGGAAGAAGGGCAAGCGCGAAAGCUUCUACAGUGUGUACAUUUUGACGUACAUAAAGCACAUCGUGCGGAUAAAGGCCAACCUGGCGCUGCACGGGGGGCUUUACAGCAACUACUUUGAGAAGUAUGAGGAGGAGUCCAUUUCGAAUAUCAUGCUGGAGAAUUUGCUCUCCAGGGAGGGGGGCGCUGCCAAACAGGGUGGCGGUGGAAAGCAGGGUGGAGGCGGUAAGCAGAGUAGCGGCGGCAGGCAGGGUGGCGCUCGCAAGCAGGGUGGAGGCGGUCAGCAGAGCGGAAGCGGCAACCCGAGUAGCUCUGGCAAGCAGGGCGGGACCGGCGAAGCAACGGGGCAGGCUAACGCAGAGGAGCACAGGGACCUGAACUACUCCAUCAAGGAGCUGCUCAGAAAACUGAUAAAGUCGUACAGAAUCCGGGAGAACAAAAUUUUCCUCGUGACGGGGAUGCUGGGCUGCGGGAAAACCACCUGCGUGAGUUUGGCCAUCGAGUACUUUAACAAGUAUUUACAGAUAGAAAGGAACAUGAACCGGGGGGGCGACAUGCGGAAGGACAUGCGGAAGGACAAGCGGAGCGUGGGGUUCCUCUCGGCGGACGACACCGUGAGCAAGAAGCUGUACAAGAAGACGCCCUACACCGUGAAGAGCUACCAGCAGGAGGAGGUCAGCAGCUGCGAGUCGUCUCCGGGGCAGGCCAGGAAGAAGAUCAAGAUUCACUGCGACGAGCCCCUCUUUAACUUCACCCCGAAGAAGGGGGGGCAUACCGGCAAUAGCGGCCAUAGCGGCCAUGACGGCAAUAGCGACACACGCUGCCAUAGCGACACACGCUGCCAUAGCGACACACGCUGCCAUAGCGGCACACGCUGCCAUAGCGACACACGCUGCCAUAGCGGCAAACGCUGCCAUAGCGGCAAACGCUGCCAUACUGGAAAACGCUUCCAUACUGACAAACGCGGCUGCAAUACUGGGAAGGCCCCGUCCGAUGAAGAGCCGACCCAGGGCACCCCCCACGCGUGGGAGGAAAGUGAAGCCAAAAUGAACGCGCAGCAAAUCAACAUGAACAUAAAAAAUAUAUUCGAAAAUAAUGACCUCUCCCCCCUGAGGAAAAACGCAAACAUACGAAAUAAAAUUCAGUUUGAGCAACUGCUGAAGGAGAAUAACCAUUUGCCCCAAGAGGAGACCCGGAGUGACGAGGACAACCCCGAGUUCAGUGAGAAGUAUAAAAAAAUUGUAGAAGAAAUAAAGAAGGAGGAGAAGGAGCAGAGGUGCAUCUACACCAUCCGAAUCAGUGCCUACCUGUACAGAGAUGACGUGCAGUGCAUCCGGUCCAUCCUCAGUCAGCUUCAAAAUUAUGUGGACGAAGGGGAGUCCAAAAUGGAGGGCAAUUUGCUGCUGAACGAUUAUAUUAUCAAAUUGGAAAAAUUACUCAUCCAAAUUAACAAUGAAAAAAAACAAACUCUCCUCAUCAUAGAAAAUGUAGAAAAAUUCUGUCUUCAAAAUAAGCAGAAUUUGUUAUAUACCCUCUUCGAUUUAUUGCACAAAAAAAAUAUUUGCAUUAACAUCAUCUGCCUGACGAACGUUCUGGACAUCACGCAGACGCUGGAAAAGAGAAUAAAAUCCAGGUUCACCUUCGAAAUGCUUCACAUCUCUCCCAUUUUAAAUAUUGAGGAGAUUUCCAAACUGGUUUACAAAAUUUUGUAUGUCAAUUUGGACGACUUUCAUCUGAUUAAGAAAUAUUAUUCCGUCUAUUUUACCUACGUAGAUUUGAUAAAGAUUCAGAGGUUUCUGCAGAUUUAUAAUGCCACCAUGCAGAAGGAGAUAGCCGAUGGGCUUCUCCUGAAGCAGUGGUCCUACGAUAUUAAUUACGGGCUUGACAUUAGGCAUAUCUACCACACGUGUGUCGAUGCCAUUCUGUCUAUUUGCGAGUAUCAACACAUUCUUAGUGGAGAAAGGGCAACAGAUGGAAACCGCCAAGAGGGGGGGAACAACCUCUACAAGGGUCCCUUCCAAAAAAAUGACCUGCUGGAUGCCCACUCAGAACACACCUCCUCGGCAUCCGACCAGGAAGGCGAAUACUUUAAGAAGGACACUUCAAAUUCGAUAGACUGCAUGGCGAAUCUGCAUACAGAGGGGGAGGACACCUCCCAGUUUAACCACUUCCUGGAGGGGGAACAACUGCGAGAGGCAUCCCCAAUGAAGGGUAAAAAUAGCAGUGUGGAUGACCAUCAUGCCCAACUGGGAAGCGAAAAAUUGGGAAUUUUCUCCAAAGAGAAGAAGGCUAAUUUGGAGUACCUGCGGGAACAGAGGCCAGGGAAGUUAGACUGCACCCCUGUUAAGAGGAACUUCCACCAAGAUGCUACAGGGGAGGGGAAAAAUGGAGGAGGUAGGGAGGGACAUUUCCAUCUAGACAUGAACAUGGAUAUGAGUCCUAGGAAGUUAAAGGAAAAUAUUAAAUUGAAAACCAAAGUGGAAAGUCAAUACAUUUUAAACAACGUACAGUCUAAGUUCAUCAGGAGACACUACAUUAAGAAGGUGCUCAGAGAUCUAUGCACCAUUGAAUAUAUGAUCCUAUGUGCAUUCACACGGUUAUACAAAAAAGAGCUACUUCCUAAAACGCUCUAUGUCAUUUUGCUAGAAAUUAACAAAUUUAAACAAGCCUAUCCGCAAGAACAGAUUGUGGGUUUUUCUCUCGAUGCGUACAGGCGAUCCUUCUUUCGCUUGGUCGAUCUGGACAUCAUCGCUCUGUCGUCUUACUCAUUAAACCAUUUGAAUAUUAAAAAUUUUAGUAACGACCUGUUCGGCCUGCAUGAGCCCACCAAGUUCCCUUGCUACGACAUCUUCCUUGAGAACAUCGAGUCGUAUAAUUUAAACCACAACUUGAUUCAGUGGGUGAAGCACAACACGGAGGUGAUGCAGUGA